UUUUUGUCGGCAGUGAAGCGAUCGAAACUUCCUCCUCCUUUCAGUAUUUGAUUAAUCCCCUGCCAGUGAAAUGCGUGCACAUACGUUUUGAGGCCUUGAAGCGCCUUACAAUGCGUAAGCGUGACGAGGAGUCGAAUCCAAAAAAUUGUAUAAUCCGUUCCGUCCCUUCGUUUUGAUCAGAAGGGAGAGAACGCCUCUGAAUUUUCCUCUCCUUUUGCUAUAAAAUCUCGCGCGCACGAACCUCCGGAAAAAGACCCACCACCGCAAAUCACACAGGAGUUCGACAUCCAGGAAAAAAGCGACCGCGAAAAGCCCCUCCUCCUCGCUUUUGCCAUUUCCAUCCUACGACGAGAACGAGAAAACACUCGCCUCGGCUCAUCGAUCGAUCCACAGACCGUAUCAUGGAACGGCCCUCGACCACCGUGCCCCACGUCGCCAUCGUGCCGACGCCCGGCAUGGGCCACCUCAUCCCUCUCGCCGAGUUCGCGAAGCGGCUCGUCCUCUGCCACAACUUCUCGGUCACCUUCGUCGUCCCCAACGACGGCUCCCCGGCCAAGGCCCAGCGGUCCCUCCUCGACUCCCUCCCUCCCUCCAUCACCUACGUCUUCCUGCCCCCAGUCUGCUUCGACGACCUCCCCGCCGAGACCACCCGCAUCGAGACCAUCAUCGCCCUCACGCUGGCGCGCUCCGUCCCCUCCCUCCGCGACGAGGUGCGGAGGCUAAAGGAGUCCACGAGGCUCGUGGCCCUCGUCGCCGACCUCUUCGGCACCGACUCCUUCGACGUGGCCCAGGAGUUCAACGUCUCCCCUUACAUUUUCUUCCCCACCACGGCCAUGUGCCUGUCGCUGUUCCUUCACUUGCCGAAGCUGGAUGAAGCGGUCUCUUGCGAGUACAGGGACUUGCCCGAGCCGUUGAAGCUACCCGGUUGCAUACCCAUCCACGGGAGGGACCUGCUCGACCCGGUCCAAGACCGCCGCAACGACGCCUACAAGUGGGUCCUCCACCACGCGAAGCGGUACAAGCUGGCGGAGGGGAUCCUUGUCAACAGCUUCGAGGAGCUCGAGCCAGGGCCGUUCGAGUACCUGAAACGGGAAGAGCCCGGGAGGCCGCCGGUCUACCCGGUGGGACCGCUGGUGAACAUGGAGCAGAGUAGCAAAUCUGACGGCUCGGAGUGCCUAAAGUGGCUGGACGGACAGCCCGACGGUUCAGUCCUGUACGUGUCGUUCGGGAGUGGUGGGACCCUCUCGUUCGACCAGAUUCAAGAGCUGGCUCUGGGAUUGGAGAUGAGCGAGCACAGGUUCUUGUGGGUGGUGCGGACCCCUAACGACAAAGCGGCCAACGCCACCUACUUCACCGUGUACAGCCAAAACGAGCCGUUCCAAUUCUUGCCCAAAGGCUUUCUCGAGAGGACCAAAGGUAGGGGCUUGGUGCUGCCGUCGUGGGCCCCGCAGGCCCAGGUCCUGGCCCACCGCUCGACCGGCGGGUUCCUCACCCACUGCGGCUGGAACUCGACCCUCGAGAGCAUGGUCAACGGCGUGCCGCUCAUCACCUGGCCACUCUACGCGGAGCAGAAGAUGAACGCUCUCAUGCUGACCCAGGACAUCAAGGUGGCCCUGAGGCCGAGGGCCGACGCGGAGACCGGCCUGGUGGGGAGGGACGAGAUCUCCCGGGUCGUGAAGGGCCUGAUGGAGGGCGAAGAAGGGAAGAAGAUCCGGAACCGCAUGAAGGACCUCAAGGACGCGUCGGCCAAGGUGCUCGGCGAGGACGGGUCCUCCGCCAGGGCGCUCUCCGAGCUGACUCUCAAGUGGAAGGCCAAAUUCGUAAAUUAGCCUCACCCGAAUCGCAUCGCCUCACAUCACGUAUCUUAUCCUUCUCUUGUCUUAUUGUUUAUAUUCACCCUCUUCUAUGUUAUUAUCUCUUCUUUAAUGCCAUCAGUGGAGCUGGUUUCUCUA